GGGCGGGGAAGGGGCGGGGCCUGCCCUGCCAGCGAAGGCCGGGAGGACCAGGAACCCAGGAGCGCAUGGCCACGCUGCGCCGGCUUCGGGAGGCGCCGCGGCACUUACUGGUUUGCGAGAAAUCCAACUUCGGCAACCACAAGUCGCGCCACCGGCAUCUUGUGCAGACGCACUACUAUAACUACAGGGUUUCAUUUCUCAUUCCUGAAUGUGGGAUACUAUCGGAAGAACUGAAAAAUCUGGUCAUGCAAACUGGACCCUAUUACUUUGUGAAGAAUUUACCUCUUCAUGAAUUAAUUACACCCGAAUUCAUCAGUACCUUUAUAAAGAAAGGUUCUUGCUAUGCACUAACAUGCAAUACAAAUAUUGAUGAAGAUAAUACAGUUGCCCUGCUACCAAAUGGGAAAUUAAUUUUGUCACUGGAUAAAGACACUUAUGAAGAAACUGGACUUCAGGGUCAUCCAUCUCAGUUUUCUGGUAGAAAAAUUAUGAAAUUUAUUGUUUCAAUUGAUUUGAUGGAAUUAUCCUUAAACUUGGAUUCUAAGAAGUAUGAAAGAGUAUCUUGGUCCUUCAAAGAAAAGAAACCAUUGAAAUUUGAUUUUCUUUUGGCUUGGCAUAAUACAGGUUCGGAAGAAUCAACAAUGAUGUCAUAUUUUUCCAAGUACCAAAUUCAGGAGCAUCAGCCAAAAGUAGCGCUGAGUGCAGUGAGAGAUCUCCAGUGCCCGGUGCUGCAGAGCAGUGAGCUCGAGGGAGCGCCGGAGGUGUCCUGCCAGGCUCUGGAGCUCUUCGACUGGCUUGGCGCCGUCUUCAGUAAUGUCAGCCUAAAUAAUGAGCCUAAUAAUUUCAUAUCAACCUAUUGCUGUCCUCAGCCAAGCACGGUGGUGGCAAAAGCUUAUUUGUGUACAAUCACUGGCUUCAUACUUCCAGAGAAGAUCUGUCUCCUAUUGGAACAUCUCUGUCACUACUUUGAUGAACUGAAGUUAGCUCCAUGGGUUACAUUGUCCGUUCAAGGCUUUGCAGACAGCCCUGUUUCUUGGGGAAAAAAUGAACAUGGUUUUUGGAAAGGAGGAGAACAUUUAUAUAACUUUGUGAUUUUUAAUAAUCAGGACUAUUGGCUUCAGAUGGCUGUUGGGGCGAAUGAUCACUGUCCACCAUAAAAAUUACAAAAUUAAAAAUCAUGUUUGCCUACGUUUA